GACAUAAAUCGCCUGGUGAGGAGCUCGUUGCAUGCAGCGAUGCAGUUGUCCCCGGAAAGAAAUCAGGACUGUGGGAAAUGCCCAACUUCAGAACGCUUACAGCACGCGAGCUGACGAUGGGACUGGUUAGCCCAUGACAGGAGGAGAGAGGGAAAGCUUAUCUUAAGGAUGCUGGUGAAGGCGGAGGGCCUGGCGCCGGCGGGCGCGGAGGAGCUGCUGCUGCUGGGGCUGGCCUCGCCCGCCCCCUCGCCCUCGCUGCCGUCCAGCGCCGAGGAGGAGGAGGAGGAGGAGGAAGAAGCGCGGCUCGCCUCACCGGAACGCUCCCCCCUCGAAGGAACGGGCGACCGGGGCUUGAGGAGAUUAGAGGGCAAGCGGCGGCCGGGGCGGUCGCGGGGAGCCCCUCGGACGGUUCGAACGGCGGAGACGGCGCAACGCAUCAAGCGGAGCCGGCGGCUCAAGGCCAACAACCGCGAGCGCAACCGGAUGCACAACCUGAACGCGGCGCUGGACGCCCUCCGCGACGUCCUGCCCACCUUCCCCGAGGACGCCAAGCUCACCAAAAUCGAGACCCUCCGUUUCGCUCACAACUACAUCUGGGCUCUCACCGAAACUCUGCGUUUGGCCGGGGCGGGGAGGCUCGGUCCCCCCGGGGGGGCGGCGGGGAGCCCCUCGCCCACCUCCUCCUGGGGCGGGGGGACCGGCUCCGGGAGCCCCCCGCCCUCCGCCUCCCCUUACGCCUGCACUUUAUCCCCCGCCAGCCCCGCCGGUUCCACCUCGGACCCCGAACACUGGCCGCCCGCCCCGGGCCGCUUCCCCGCUCCGCCGCCUCCCCCCCAAGCCCCGCCGCCCCGUCGCUGCCUCUAACCGGGCCCGGGGACGCCCCGCACCCCGCCACCCCCCCACCCCAGGGCAGUGGGAAUGUCACCUGCCGAACCAAACCUUCGCUCCCCUCUCCCCGACGUGCACUUUGUCCAGCUCCCCAGAUCUGUCCCCAGGGCUUUUGUCCGUGCGUGUGUCCCCCCCCCCGCUUCCCCUCCCCGCUCCCCCAUUGCCAUCUGUCCCUUAUGAUUUAUUUUUUGGGGGGUGGGGGUGGGGGAAGGAGAAAAAAAAAGAAAUAAAUUGUUUCGUAGGGGUCCAGGUUAGAAGUCAUUGUAUAAUUUGUAGGCUUUGUGAGGGCUGAAUGCAAGCGUGGAAAUUUAGGCUGAACUCUCCAUCAAAAGGAAUAAAAAAAAAAAACCAUAGAGGAAAAGGGGACGGUGGGGGGAAACGGGGGGGGGGGGGGGGAAAGGACCUCCUCAUGCAUUAUUUAUUUCGACCUUUAGGGGACGAGGAACUCCCCCCUUCUUUCAGGAGAUUAAAAAUAAAUCAACAGACUGAAAACCUAAACAGACACGGAACAUUACAGCGAUCAGCCACACACGUGUUCACAUUUAUUUAUUAUAAAGAAAGAUUUCAUGGAAAAGAUGUAUUUUUUUUGUAUAAUUUACAGAGUUUAUUCUAGUAUGUAUUUACAGCUGAAGAGCAAAGGGAUGGUUCUUGUGAUAAAAUAUAAAUAAAAAAAGCUCUAAUUUUCGUAACUUUGGGCUCGCUGCUUUUUUCUGGUUUACGUCCCGCCUACCGGCAAUUGCGGGACG